ACGCAGCGGAACACUGCAGCCUCCCGGGCCGCCUCCUCCCGCAGGCUGCAGCCGGGGACGCGUCCAGGAGUCGGGAUACAGCGACAGGACGGUCCAGCCUGACGUCUACACCCGCCCGGAGCUUCAGGCUGUAACUUACACCCACCGAGCCGAGAUGGAGAAACAGGAGCGGGGACAGUGAGCUUCAGCUCCGGGGUCCUUCCUCGUCUUCGAGGUGGGCCGGGUUUUGCGUCAUGGCGUCCCGGCUGCUGGACCGUCUGAAGCGCUCGCUGUUUAAAGACGGGCAGGGGGCGGGACCCGAACAGGAAGCCGGAGGCGGACAGGAAGAGGAGGAGGAGGAGGAGGUGGUAGAUGAGGACCGCUGGGAGGCGGAGCUGGAGGAGGAGGAGGAGUGCGUGACGGAGAGGCUCGGGGGGACGCUGUGCUUCGACAGCGCGGGAGGAGGAGGAGGAGGAGGAGGAGGGGUGGAGGACGGAGCGGAGGGCGAAGGGUCGGGGCUGGACAGUGACUCCGACUUCCUGGGAGAGUCGAUGGAGGAGGGGCUUAGCAGCACAGACACCAGUUCUGUGGGCGUGUCUCCAGUUGGCCCCUCCCCCUCCUCCCUGCUGACGCGGCAGCUUCAGGAGAGCUGGAGGAACCUGCGUGGGCUCAGCGGAGGAGGAAGCCCCGCCCCCGCCGGGCGGCGGCAGACAGACAGUUUGUUAUUCGAGGUGACGGACGCCAGUGUGGUGCAAGAUGGCUCCUCCAAAUAUGUGCUGUACACCGUCCAUGUGAUCCAGUCCGGCGGCAGCGAUAAGACUCCGGCCAUCAUCACCCGCCGGUACUCCGACUUCCAGCGCCUCCACGCCACGCUGCGCCGUAACCAUGGAGACCAGAUGGAGCGUGUUUGUUUCCCACGAAAGAAGCUGCGUCGGAACUUCACGGCGGAGACGAUCGCCAAGCGGAGCCGAGCGUUCGAACAGUACCUGUCUCACCUGUGCUCCCUGUCCGCCCUGCGGGGGGCGCUGUGCGUCCGCCAGUUCUUCUACCUGAGCGACCUGCAGACCGGACAGCUGCUCAUCAGGGUGGGACGUUACCAGGAGGCCUUGGGUCCGCUGCUCAACGCCAAGAGACUGCAACACAAACUGGGCUGGGCGAGUUACUAUGACAACCAGGCUCAGACCCCACCCCCGGCCUCCUCCCAUUGGUUCUUCACUCUGGUGGGGCUGUCAUGCUGUUUCCAGGAAGUGGACCAGCUGGAAGAGGCUCGGGAUCACUGUGACCACGCCCUCCGUGUCCUAACCCCGCCCACUCCGCCGCCGCCAGAGACUCACAGCGGCACAGCAGAGGACAAGCCCCUCCCACAGUCUGACGCCUCACAGGCGCACGUGGACAGGCCACACCCCCUCCUGUUGCCGCUGUUACGGGCGGUGGUCCGGCUGUCGUGGCAGACGGGGAAAGACAAGCGGCAGUGGGAGGAGCUUCUGCAACAGCUGGAGGAGCAGAGGGCGGGGCUAGACAAUCAGCCAACCGUCAAAGAGUUCCUGGUCAAACACAACCUGCAGGAAGGCGAGGGGGAGGGCUAAACACACACACACACACACGGCGAGUACAAUCACUAUCCUACGACGGGCGCGUCACGACCAGUUCAGAGAAUAAAGUUGGAAUAUUUAGAGGAAAAAGUCGUAAUCUGAGAAAAAAAAAUUAAUAUUUCAAGAAAAAGUCAAAUAUUUUGUGAAUAAAGUAACAAAGUAUUUAAAAAAAAUGCUGCUUUGAGAAGAAAAUGUCAGCUUCUGAUUGGACGGUGCAGAUCUGAUUAUAUGUUCUUAUAUAAUGUUUAAUUUUCUUAACAAAAUUAUCACAUUUAUUAGACGGCUACAUCCUUUAUUAUUAUUAUAUAUCUCAUAAUAUUAUGACUUUUUCUCCAAAUAUUUCAACUUAAUUCUCUUAAGUCUCAUUUUUUUAAUCCAAACGUGUCUGAUAUUCUGAUAUUCACUAUGCAUCAUUUAUUCAAUCCUACUUUUAGAGCCUGAAACCGGCUCAGCGACGCUCUGAUGAGGUUUUUUCCUGCUUUAUUCCAAAGUGCGAGUUGCAGCUCUGACUGCACGAUAAUCCUAAAAAAAAAAUAAUCCCGGAGCCGUAUUCACUGAUAGCAUUAAUUUGAGAGUUGGUUUUUAGAAAUGUGUGACAGGAAAACAUCUCAGCACUUAGAGAACCUUCAGCGUCGGGAUGAUGGUUAGAAUAAAGACUUUGUGUUUGAUCUGAGCCAGUAAAACCAGUUUAACAGACACAGACUGACUCCACCGGUGAGGUUUCUAGUUUUUGACCAAUAGAAACAUUCAUGUCGGUUUCUCAGUGAACACGACGGUGGAAAUAUUAAAAAGUUAAAGUAACAAUCUCAAAGAUCUUCGUUCUCUCUGGCGGCGCCGUGUGGCGGUGAACGGUAACUGCAGGUCUGUUUUUGGACAGUUAUUCAAAUGAAAUCUUUGAGAUUAUUACUUUAAAGUAUAUUUUCAAGCAAAUUUCUGGAUUCCUCUAAACCCUCCGUCACUCUGAAGCUGGAUUUAUUAACAGAUUUUGCUGUUUUUUAUCUUUUAGACACAAAUCGAGACCAAAACAACUGUGAUUGGUCAGUUUAGGCUGUUUGUGUUGAUGCUGGUGGAGAUCGUUGAGAGUGAAGAUAUUUAACAAUAUUUUUUAUUGAUUUUUAAAACAGUGAAACAGAGUUUACAGGCCUCAGUAGACGGGUUACCCCUGAAUUCCUCCGGGACCGCUCUGACGCGACUGCCGGAGCUGAUCACGGCCCCUUGAUGCCACCGGCGCGCCGCCGGCGCGUUGCAGAAGCGUCCCA